AUGACUGACAUCUCGACUGGCGACACCCAGCGGCUGCCCAGCGGCCUCGAAGUCGCACGCUGGCUCUACGAACAGCAGAAAGAGCGCGACGAGCUUGUCAAACACGGAAAACAGGCGCCCCAUACUCACAGAGGCUCCGAAUAUGGGAGCCGUACCGACCCCCUAUUGACACGCGUUAUUGCCAAGAAAUUCGGUGUACCACAAUCGUCACUCGCGCGCCAACUGAAGGCUUUGAAGGAUGGCAAGCCGGACGCCAGCUCCGAUAGGCUCGGCGGUCGACCCACGAAGCUCACCGAUACCGCAAACCAAAUAUUGUCCUUCCACAUCUACAUGCUACAGAAAGCCGGGCUACCUGUCAGUCAAAAGGUCGUCCGCAACGCCGUGGGCGAGUUGUUGGCUCGCAGAGACCCUCCCGGCGCUUUGCCGAGCAAGACGUGGAUACUAAGAUGGUGGGCCGAAGCGAGGAACGACUUCAAACAGCGACAAUCCCGUCAGCAAGCUGUGCCCCAGGACGCCGCCUCAAUGACAGGCGGCGAGUCGGGCCAGGUUGAUCGGAGCGCCAGCAACGACGCUGAAGACACUAAUGGCGGUCACCAGUAUGCAACCACAACAACCAGCUUCCAGCCACCAGAAGACGCUGGCCCAACUCCCGAUGACUCAACUCCUGAUGACCCAAUCCCUAAUGACCCAACUCCUAAUGACCCGAUUUCUGAUGACCCAACUCCUGGUGGCCUGGCUGGUCCUUCUAGUACUUGA